AUGGGGAGCAUCGAGGUGUCCGAGCCGCCGUCGAAGCGCCUGUCCCCGAAGCGCAGCAGCAGCAGCAGCAGCUUCAAGCUGAGUCUGCCCGGUCUGUUCUGCGGCCAUUGCAAGGCCACCGCGGUCUCGUCGCCGCCGGACUCCCCAACGGCCGCCACCGGCGCGCGGUCGCUGUCAUCGUCGUCCGCGUCCGCGUCCGCGUCCGCGUCGGCCUCGUCGUCCUCUGCUGGCACGUCCCGCGGCGGGCGCGACCGCAUGGCGGAGCUCCGCGAGAUCUUCCGCCACUUCGACCGCGACAUGGACGGGCGCAUCUCUGGCGCGGAGCUGCGCGAGUUCUUCGCGUCCAUGAGCGACGACGGCGGCAGCCUGGCGCUGGGGCUGAAGGACGGAGGGGAAGGGGACCACCUGACGCUGGGGUUCGACGACUUCGUGCGCAUCGUGGAGAGCAAGGGCGGGGAGGAGGAGGAGCGCGAGGACCUCCGCCGCGCCUUCGAGGCGUUCGAGGCCGUCAAGGGGUCCGGCCGGAUCACGCCGCGCGGCCUGCAGCGCGUGCUCAGCCAGCUCGGCGACGAGCCGUCCGUCGCCGAGUGCGAGGCCAUGAUCCGCGCCUACGACGACGACGGCGACGGCGAGCUCGACUUCCACGACUUCCACCGCAUGAUGAGCCAGGACUAG